AUGUAUAUAUUUGGAAGCGGUAUUGAAAAAAAUUAUGAUAAAGCCUUUGAAUUAAUUAAUAACUUAGCAGCAAGUGAUAUUCCAAGUGCGGUAGAAAAAUUGGGAUUUUGUUAUUAUAAUGGAAUUGGAACUGAUAUUAAUAAAGAAAAAGCAUUUAAAUUAUAUCAAGAUGCAGCGGAUUUAGGAAAUUCACAUGGAAUAUAUAGCUUAGGGUGUUGUUACCAUUGUGGAAUUGGAACUAGUUUAAAUAAAAAAAAAGCAUUUGAUUUAUAUGAGGAAGCAGCAUAUUUAGGGAAUACAAGUGCAUUGAAUAGUUUGGGAUGGUGUUAUAAAGAAGGAUUUGGUACUGUUAUUGAUUUACAAAAAACAUUUGAAUUAUGUCAAAAGUCAGCAAAUUUAGAAAAUCGGUUUGCUCAAUAUAAUCUUGGUUUGAUGUAUGAAAAUGGAUAUCAAGUUGAAAAAGAUAUAACCAAAGCAAUUUAUUGGUAUAAGAAAUCUGCUAAACAAGGACAUAAAAGAGCAAAAAAAAAGUGUGGAUUAAAUCUUUUAGGAUAUUGUUAUGAUAAUGGAAUUGGAACUGAUGUUAAUAUGCAACAGGCUUUUAAUUUGUAUCAAAAAGCAGCAGAUUUGGGUAAUUGUAUAGCACAAUAUAAUCUUGCUCAAAUGUAUAUCGACGGAUUAGUUGUUGAAAAAGAUUAUAAAAAAAUUUUUGAAUUAUUUCUAAAGGCAGCUAAUUUAGGGAAUUGCUCUUCUCAAUAUAAUCUUGCCUGGAUGUAUGAAAACGGAUAUGGAACUGAAAAAGAUAAAAAUAAAGCAAUUUAUUGGUAUGAGAAAUCCUCUAACCAAGGAGAUGAAGAUGCUCAAAAUGCAUUAAAAAAGUUAUUGAAUGGAUAA